GCUGCCCUGGCAGAUCGCGCCACUCCUUCGACGAGGUAGGACGUGCGUCCGAGCUCGGUCGAGCCGAGGCCAGCGGGAGCCGUGCCCAGCCAAGGCCAGCCGUGCCCAGUGGCCCCGCGACCCGGGCAUCCUCUGCCUUCUCCCUGCUCCCACCCGGAAUCGCGCUCACCGCUUCGGGACCCUCGGAUCCCGCCGCCCAUUCGCGCCCGCUGCAGAGCCAACAUGCCCAUCACUCGGAUGCGCAUGAGACCCUGGCUAGAGAUGCAGAUUAAUUCCAACCAAAUCCCAGGGCUGAUCUGGAUUAAUAAAGAGGAGAUGACCUUCCAGAUCCCAUGGAAGCACGCUGCCAAGCAUGGCUGGGACAUCAACAAGGACGCCUGUCUGUUCCGGAGCUGGGCCAUUCACACAGGCCGAUACAAAGUAGGGGAAAAGGAGCCAGAUCCCAAGACGUGGAAGGCCAACUUUCGCUGUGCCAUGAACUCCCUGCCAGACAUUGAGGAGGUAAAGGACCAGAGCAGGAACAAAGGCAGCUCAGCUGUGCGGGUGUACCGGAUGCUCCCACCCCUCACCAAGAACCAGAGGAAAGAGAGAAAGUCCAAGUCAAGUCGAGAUGCUAAGAGCAAGGCUAAGAGGAAGUCAUACGGGGACUCCAGCCCUGAUACCCUCUCCGAUGGCCUCAGCAGCUCCACCCUGCCUGAUGACCACAGCAGCUACACAGCACAGGGCUUCAUGGGGCAGGACUUGGAGAUUGAGCGGGCCCUUACUCCAGCACUGUCACCAUGUGCCGUCACCAGCACUCUUCCCGACUGGCACAUCCCAAUGGAAAUCGUGCCAGACAGCACCAGCGACCUGUACAACUUCCAGGUGUCGCCCAUGCCCUCCACCUCUGAAGCCACAACAGAUGAGGACGAGGAAGGGAAGUUACCUGAGGACAUCAUGAAGCUCUGGGAGCAGGAGCAGUCGGAGUGGCAGCCGACAAAUGUGGAUGGGAAGGGGUACCUGCUCAAUGAACCUGGGGCCCAGCCCACCUCUGUAUAUGGAGACUUCAGCUGCAAGGAGGAGCCAGACAGCCUUGGAGGGGAUAUCGGACUGAGCCUACACCGCGCCUUCCCAGACCUGAAGAACAUCGAUAGCAUCUGGCUGGACAGCCUGCUGCCCCCAGUCCGGCUGUCCUCCAUCCAGGCCAUUCCUUGUGCGCCAUAGCUGGGUCCCCGGCUGUCUUUUGCUCUCCUAGGCUAGCAGGACCUGGCAUCAUGGUGGCUGUGGUGCAGAGAAGCAAGACUCUUGGAUGUGCAAAGAGUGGGGCUGGGGCCACCCUCCUUGGGACAGUGGCUUCUCGGGGCCUGGCAGGACAGGGUCUCUGGGGUACAGCUGGCCCUGCCUCCUGGGAAAAUGGGGUUCUGAGACUGGCGUCAGGUGGAGGUCUCAGACAGGAGUCAGCCCUCCAGGUUUUCUCUCUGAACCCUGCUGCCUGGAGAGGGUUUCGCUGUCCCUGAGGGAGCAGACCAGUGACCUCAGGAAAGCACAGCACCACCCCGGGGCUGGCUCUGCACUAAGACAAUUGCACUAAGUGAAUCCUAUUUCCAAAGAGCACCUCCCUUCCCAGCUGAGCCCUGGGCGCUGUUCCAAAGUCAGUGAAAUGUGAAGGAAAAAUUGGUCCUGCGGGACAGUGUUCCCUCAGCCUCAAACGAGUCCUGCCCUCCCUGCUUGGGCUGAGGGGCUGGGGGGAAAAGCAUGGCACUUUUUCAUGUGGAUCUUGCCACGUUUCUGAUCAGAGAUGUACACUAACGUUUCCCACGGGUUCUCAAACUUAGCGUUUAUUUAUACAGUGCCUUGUCCUGCGCCCACCUGCCCCUCAGGCGGGCUGCAGCUGCUCUCAGCAGGCCCAGGGAGGGAAGUGUGAGCACCUUGGUAUGACUUUUAAAAUUGGAAAAGCUUUCUAACCACUAAGUCAUAUAUGACCAUAAUAUGUACAUGUGUGUAAAUAUGUACAUUGUAUUUUUAUAAAAAGUGAAUUGUUCUAA